AUGGCCUCCAGAUUGGUGUUGGUCAUUGGCGACCUUUUCAUUCCGGACCGAGCACCGGAGAUCCCGGCCAAGUUCCGAAAGCUCCUCGCACCAGGAAAAAUCGGCCAAGUUGUGUGCCUGGGCAAUAUUACAGAUAAAGAGACCUAUGAUUUCCUCCGCCAGAUUGCCCCAGAUCUCCAUAUUGUGAAAGGAGACUUUGAUACGGAAGCAUCCAGUUUGGCGCUGUCCAAAGUGGUGCAACAUGGAGGACUACGGAUUGGCUUUACGCAUGGACACACUAUCAUACCUCAAGGUGACGCAGACGCGUUGUUGAUUGCUGCACGUCAGAUGGAUGUUGAUAUCUUGCUGUGGGGUGGGACCCAUAAGUUUGAGGCAUAUGAGUUAGAAGGGAAAUUCUUCAUCAACCCAGGCAGCGUCACGGGCGCCUUUAGCACUAGCUGGCUAGCCAUCGACGAGGAACCCACCCCCAGUUUCUGUUUGAUGGACAUCCAGGGAGAUGUUCUCGUACUGUACGUUUACCAAUUACGGACCGAUGCAGAUGGAAAUGAAAACGUUGCUGUCGAGAAGGUAUCUUUCAGGAAGCCGGCGCCGAAAGAAGAGUGA